AGUAAAGGAGUGACGUCAGCAGCUGGGAGCAGUUCCACAGUGCGCGCCGAGAAGAGGGAGAGGUGGCUGAUACCGGAGAGAGAAGGAGCCUCGUCCGAGGGCCGGAGAGAGAGCAACAGCUCCAGUGUGCGAGGGGGAGACGGCAGGCAGAGCCAAGAGACCGCCCGAGACAGUGCCUGCAGGAUGCAGCUCUUCUUCCUUCUGCUGGGACUGCUAUGCUCAGUCUUGCAGGCCCAAGAUACUUCUAUAUACGUAACAGACAAGGUGACUGGAAUCAUUGGUAAGGAAGUUAUUUUGCCAUGCAAGUUCACCAGCAAAAACCCUUCAGUGCGUGUGACACAGAUCAUGUGGCUGAACAGUACUGGCAGUUUGGCGGUGUUUAGUCCUAUUCUUGGCACCCAUUUACAUGACCCAGCACGUUUCCAGCUAGUGGAUCCAUCUAAUACCAGCGUAACACUCAAGAUCUCACCUGUCGUGUACACCGAUGAAGGAGAGUAUGUCUGUGAGGUGACCACCUUUCCUGGUGGUAAUGUCAAAGCCACCACCACUCUGGUUGUCAAAGCUAUAUCACAGAAUUCUGCAGAAGCCAACUCCGGGGUUGUAGCAGGUGACCAAGAAGCGGCAGUAGCUACGUGUAAAUCGGCCAAUGGAAGGCCUCCAUCCCGAAUAACAUGGCACACUACCAUUCCUGGGAAUGUGAGCAACACCAUGAUCAAUAAUACUGAUGGAACAUACACUGCAGUCAGUCAGUACUUAAUUAUACCAACAUGGACCGCUGAUGGGAUGCCAGUCACUUGCAUAAUCAACUCAGAGUCAACAGACUACCCUAUUCCAUUGAAAUUGUCCAUUCAAUAUGCCCCUGUGGUAACUAUUGAGGGCUAUGAUGAUAAUUGGCACUUACAUCGCAAUGAUGUCUUCCUGACUUGCAAUGCAAAAGGCAACCCCCCUCCCAUGUCAUACACUUGGAAAACUGCGGAUGGAUCCCCGCUCCCUGCAUCUGUCCGGGCCAAGGACAAUAUUCUGUACGUGGAUCAGGUGGACGAACGUGUAAACAGAUCAUUUAUAUGUGAAGUCACCAAUGCUCUCGGGAGCAGAGCUUCCCGUCAGGAUGUCUUCGUAAGAGAACGUGCAAUGCAGACGCAGACAAACGCAGGAGCCAUCGCCGGGGGGGUAAUUGGGGGGAUUCUGGUCCUACUCCUUCUGGCUGCCAUCAUCUUCAUCGUCAUCAAAAGAGGAGGUCUACAGAGCAAAAAGGAUCGUGGAACUUACAAUUCCAAGCCCAGAGCAUUUGGCACUGGCAAAUCAACUGAGCAGUUCAACUACCAAGAUGACGGGGAGUUGGACAAACCCCUCAAAGGCCCAGUUCCCAUGAGAGACAGUGGACUAAGCCCCUCGUUGGGAGAUGAGGACGACGAUGAGGAGGAAAGGAUGAAAUACAAAGUACUUGAAGAUGAUGAGGAAGAAGAACGAUUCAAUGAGGUGGGGCCCAUGUUGCAACUUAGACCUCAUCAUCCAAUUGACUCUUACCUGGAUGAUGACAUGGAGUCACAGACUGAUGGCUCUAUAAUCUCCAGGACUGCUGUGUAUGUGUGAACACUCCUGAUGAUAACUGAGUACGUAUCCAAUACUGAACACACGGACUGCAGAGUGUUUACAUCUGUCCCAGUGAUAUGAAUUGUAGAGUAUUUGGAACUCUACCCAUCCUUAUUCAACCAUUCACCUGGACUUUACUCUCAUUGACCAUGAGCCAUUUGGACUGUAAAGUACAUAUGCAUUAGGAAUAUCACCAUUAUUUAACUUUUGCUCUUCAGUCAGGUAUGUGCGAUCCCCUUCACACACUCAAGUAUAUACAAACUCCAGUACACCAUUGCUUAAAUGACAGCUCCUUCAGAACUCCUUAGAUACACUCCAUUAAACUAUGGUGAACAAGUAUGUUCCCUUCACCUGCCUACUAGACUACAAAGAUCUUCUGCUCUUCCUUCCACAGAAUAUCCAGGACUAUUGAGACAUAUGACUGUUUUGAAAUAUGGACUUCCCUAUCCUGCUGGGCAUUUUAGGUACCCCUCAUUAUUUCAGGGGGCUGGGUAAGGUAUAGGAAGUCACUCUGACCUUACACGUGAACUUGUCGUGCCAGGAUAUAGUUGCCACUUGCAGUUUUUAGGGAUAUCUGCAAAGUGUGCACUAAUUUCCUUUUUAAAGGGGGUUUGCACUAAAUAGUAAUGAAGUUAUAAAGGAUAAUAUGAAGAAAAUUGAGCCUUGAGAUAAUGGGGUGGGUUGGGGGAUGGGUU